AUGACUAUUGUAUAUAAACCAUUAGAUAUUAAUAAUUUAAAACAUUUCAAAAAGGUAAAAGAAUUGAUUGAUAUCGAUUUAUCAGAACCUUAUUCAAUAUGGGUAUAUAGAUAUUUUUUGAAUCAAUGGCCAGAAUUGGUAUUUCUAGCAUUUGAUAGUGACGGAAAAGAUAGUGAUAUGCCAAUUGGUUGUAUAAUAUGUAAGAGUGAGAGUCAUCGAAACGCUAGAUUAAGAGGUUACAUUGGUAUGCUUGCUGUAGAUAGUCUGUAUAGAAGACGUGGGAUAGCUAAAAAAUUGGUUGAGAUAGCUAUAGAUAAGAUGAUUGAGAACGGUUGUGAUGAAAUUAUGUUGGAGACGGAAGUUGAAAAUAAAGUUGCACUAAGAUUAUAUGAAGGUAUGGGAUUCUUAAGGAUAAAAAGAAUGUAUAGAUAUUAUUUGAAUGAAGGGGAUGCAUUUAAAUUAAUAUUACCUAUAACAGAAAAGUCAUGUGUUCGAUCUACGUUUUUAUUAAAUAAUGAUGAACAAUGUGUAUAA